UUUUAUCUCAUUCUUACAGAAAAAAAACUUCAGAGCAGCCCUACAUGUUACAUUAUUUUAAUACUAAUACUUUUUUAUUUGAAAACUGCUAUGUGUACAUUUUGUAGUGUCUCUGAGAUGAGAUAUGGUUUUCUUAAACUUUAUUUUUUAGUUUUUCGAAAAGCCUUUUUCAACAUAGAAAUGUAUGAAUUAGAUGUAUUUAUUUUUAUCAUUAAAAAAUGGACCUUGGCGACAUAAUAUCCCACCUACCGAGCACCCCUGUCUCUGUCAGAAAUUCACAGCUGUCAUUCAGCCUGUGUUGUAGUUUGUGAUGGAGCAGGCCUGAUCCAGCAGCCUAUGACAGACCUGUAUGUCCACGUAUAGCUCGGUGCUCUCUGCCUCACUGCGGCGGGCUGACAAUGACUUGAAUGCUGAUUAUUGUGGAGAUCGACAAAGGACUCAAGGAAAGGAGGAGAUGAACCGUUUCCUGAGAGCUGGGGAGAAUGGAGGACUGCUGACGGACUGCAGGGAGCUGUCACCCCACCACACCACCUCCUCCCCCACCACUUCUUCCUCCUCCUCCAUCUCCAUCACCUCCUCCUCCAGCGCCGCUGGCUCAGCCGACAGACACACGGCCCUGCCCUCGCUCCAGACCCGGGGACCUGUCGGCAGUGGCGGCGGCAGCGGCGGGUCGGAGCCGAGGAGAUCCGCGCUUAAACGCAGCCGAGCCGGCCGGGAAGGGCGAGAGGAACCGGAGGCGGCGCAUAACCCAGCGGCUGCCGUCGCACUGCGCGGCGGCGGCGACUUGUGCGUCGGGCUCGGUAAGCAGCAGCAGCAGCGUCGGGAGGCUCAAGGACGCAGCGUCGGUUUAGGCGGUUUGGAGAUGAUUUCAGCGGUCAGCAGAGACGCGGACGGCUGCGGCGGCGGCAACAACAAUUGCGUCUCCGAAGUGACCACGGCCUCUCCUGCGAGUUGCGCCAAAGGCAAGGAGGAGAGGAAAGGGAAAAACGUGAUCCGGAGCUGGAAGAGGGAGAGAGACAGGGAGAGGGACAGGGACGCCGCCGCUCCUCCUGCUCCUCCGGUCCGGACAAGGAAGGAGAAGCCCGGUGAUGGCUCAUCUCCUCCUCCCUCCGUCUUCCUCCCGUCGUCCGCCCUGCCCGAGCAUCAUCUGUGCCGCGACGGCCCCGGGCACUGCCACUGUGCCGCGCCGGACACCAGGAUCAUGGGAGAUAAUAGCAACACUAACAACGUAAACAAUAACAAUAAUUGCGGGAGUAACGGCGGCGGCGCUGCCAACAAAACCACGCUGGAUUGUGGAAUUAAAAGCGGCGGCGGCGCUAUUGUUGUCAGGCGGCAGCAUGACGACACGCCGGCGGCCAAGAAACACAGAGGAGCCGAGAAGGUGGAUCCUAUGUUUACGAUGCCAGCUCCCCCCGCUCCAGGUCACCCUGGGGCCCCCGGAUCCUCUCUGCCCUCGGUCCCCUGCUUCUCCUCUCCGGCCUUGCCCACCUCUAACCCCAAACAGCUGGCAGUGAGGACAAGGUCUAUAGGCACCAACACCCAGGAUGGAGGCAUCUCAGGAGCACUGGAGGGCGACUCAGCCUGUCUGGGACCCUGCCAGCCUGGGACUAGCGUCAACCUGGAGGGCAUUGUCUGGCAUGAAACUGAGGAAGGUGUGCUGGUGGUGAAUGUGACAUGGAGAAAGCGAACCUACGUGGGAACUCUGUUAGACUGCACCAAACAUGACUGGGCUCCUCCAAGGUUUUGUGAGUCUCCCUCCAGUGACCCUGAGUUGCCAGGUGGGCGUGGCAGGGGGAAACGGAUGCGAAUGGCCAUGGCAGAGAGGCCCUGUGUUGAGCCUGCUCCUGCUGCCAAAGUCAGGGGUCUAUCACAGCACAGGAGCCGUGGAGGUGGUGUAGGUGGAACCACUGCAUCCAUUCACAGCAAGGGACGGAGGGGAAGUCUAAAUCUCAUCAACAGCAACUGCCGAACUCCUCCUUCUUUCUUUACUGUGGAGGAGGUGAAACCUGCAAACAGCACCUCCUCUCUUACCACUGGGAAACGAAAGAACAAACCACCAGCUGACCUGGACCUCAGCCUGGUCUCCACUGAUGACAUUAAAAAUGGGAAUGGGAAGAGGAUCCGAGCCAAAUCCCGCAGUGCCCCAUCCACACCACAAGGCAAAUCUGACCCCUCAUUCAUGGAUCCCGGAGGAGGCUGUGCCUCUUCGCCCCCUCCCCCACCCAUCCUCAUUGACUGCCCCCACCCCAACUGCACUAAACGCUACAAGCACAUCAACGGCCUGCGCUACCAUCAGACGCAUGCACACCUGGAGGUUGAGGAGCAGAGAAAGCCUGAGCUGGAGCCCAUGAAGGAUGGGGAGAGUGAAGAACGACUAUCAGACUGUGAAGACACUAUCAGCAACAUGACAUAUGACCUCUCAGAAACAAACAACAGCUCUAAUGCCAACAGCUCCUCUAAGAAACCUGCUCCUUUAUAUAAGGUUACCACAGUGGGCUCCCCUAAGAACAGAAGGCUACUUCUCAGUACUGACCACACACCCACAGCUAACUCCAAGACCAGAAGAACCUCACUGCUGAAAGAUGGACUAAUUGAUGACCUUAGCAAUCUGCCCAUCAUCUCCAACAUGACCGUUGUUCUAGAGAACUGCAUGGUUCCAGACAGGAACUCCACGGUAGAGAUGCCCAAGCUGGAAGCAGAGGGUUUCAUUGACAAAAAGGGAAGUGCAUGUGACAAGGGCAAGAAGGCCAAUGGGAAGGUAGAGAAGCUGUCUAAGUCACGGACCAACCGGCCGAUUGCUCCAGCUCCUGCUCCUCCCAAGCUGAUUGCCAUACCGAACACAGCAUAUCCAACUGGCACAGCAGAUACUGCCCCCUCACAGCAACCCUCACCCAUGACAGCCAUAGGCCUCACCACGAAAAACCUUCCUCUGAAACCCAUCAAACCAAAGCUGAGCAUUGUUGUGGAACCAAGCCUUGUCAAAGCUACCCUGGUUACUUGCAGCAAAGAGACCAGGAAGAAAGAGAAACGGAGGCUGAAGGACAAACAUAACAAAGAUGUGCCGACUAGGAUGGCUAAUGGUGAUAGCAGUGGAAUAAAAAUGGAAGAAAGUGGUGGUGGUUCUAAAAUGGGUGUCAAGGAAAUUUCUGGAAGCCUUCUGAAGGAGCACCUUAGUAAGCAGGAUGUAAUAAAUGGGCUCACAGAGAGCCAGGAGAGCAGGAUGGCCAGUAUCCGAGCUGAGGCUGACAAGGUCUACACCUUCACAGACAACGCCCCCAGCCCCUCAAUUGGUGGUUCAUCGCGGCUUGACUCCAGUGGUAGUUGCUUGGCAACAGCAGAGAGCAACAGCAAGAACAACAGCCCCGCAUACUCUGACAUUUCAGAUGCUGGGGACGAUGGUGGAUCUUCCGAAUGUCGCUCAGAUGGAAUCAGAUCAAAGUCUAGCUCCUCAACCUCUUCAGAGGUGAGCUCUAACAGUAACCAUGGCAACUCUGGUAAAACGCCACCCACAGCAUCUGCCCUAUCAUCAAAAGACCCCCAGUCCCCUUACUACCACAGCUACGAGCCGUACUACCUGCAGGGGUACAUGCAGUCAGACAGGCAGAAUAGCGGCAGUGUUGCUUUCCACAAAAGUUCUGCCCUUGAUGGCAAAGGAAAAGACAGAAAGGAGGAAGUGAAAGAGGAUGACAAGAGCUCCUCCCAUGAGUUCUCAGACUCGAAGAAAGGUGAUGGUCUGCCUCAGUCUCAGCUCCAACUGGCUAUGAGUCAGACCCAGACUGCCUUGGCCCAGUCACUGUAUUAUGGCCAGUACUCCAGAGGACUGUACAUGGACCAGAAACUGCUAGUGGCCUCUAAAUGCUGUGAUCAGACGCACAGUGUCAAGCAGAGAGGCGAGAGGGGACAGGGGGUGAGAGACAGUGAGGAUGAUAAACAUAUGGUUGGGGGUUCAUCUGGUGGACCCAUGCUAGGUAAAGGCCCAGAUGGCGCUAAAGGCUGCUGUCCCAAACCCGUCUUGUCCUACGCAGACAUGAGUGAGAGAGGAGAAAGGGGGCAGAGUCUGAGCGUAAAGGCUGUGCACAGUGGUAUGGUGGACCAGCACCAGGUCUUGAUGAAAGACUGUGAUGACAUCAAGUCACCGUCCUCUUCCUCUUCUUCAUCACUUCACAACCCAAACAGUCAGGCAGAUCUGGACUCAAAUGUUUCCUUUUCCAGUCCCUCAGACGGCCCGGCCUGGGCUCAGUGCCUGGUUCACAGCAAAUACUCAGAGCUACAGAGUCAACAUGGGGAGGAGACCGAGGAGGGUGAAGCAGACAGGGGAAAAGAAUGGGGAGCUGCCAUGGAGCCUGCCGGACCCAAGAUGACCUCAGGAGCAGGAGGGGGUGUUGGAGGAGAGAGGAGUGGAGGUCUGGGUGGAGAUACUAAAAAAGCCAGAGUCCACGGAUCCCACGAUCUCCUGCCCAGCCUCGACACAGAGGAGUCAGACAGGCUGGAGGGGAUAGAUGAACAAGGCCAGGAUCCAAUGGGAGGGCUGUCUGAGGAGUCUCAAAGUGCCCGGGCAGCGGUGUCUCCUCCCAUGACCCCCCAACAGCCCUACAUUCAGUACCAGCACUCCUCCUACCAACCCUACCUAGCAAUGUGUGAGGGCAGUGGGGGCUCCUAUAGAGGGGUGUCCCCAACCCUGGUCCACAAUUACCCAGGUUUCCACUACCCUCUGUACGGUAAGACGGCAGGCAGGGAGGAGUCGGAGGUUACUCCUCCCAGCAGAGGCGGGAUGGUGACAGGCAAGCAGAACAGCGACUCAUCCUCUUCCUCAGCCAUGGAGCUGCUGCAGCAGCAGAGUCAUCAGUACCAUGGAAAAUCUCCUGCUCUUGGUGAGAAGGGCUCCACCGAGGCAGAGAGAGACACGGAGCGAGAGAGAAACCAUGUGUCAUUUGCCCGACACCUCCACACACACCAUCACACACACCUGGGUAUGAGCUACAACCUGAUGUCAGGACAGUACGACAUCUACCAAGGGUUGAGCUCCAGGUCGCUGGUCUCCAGUCAGCAGGUGUCAGGACACUCCUCUACUGAGAACGAAGGGAAGAAGUAGGACCAUGUGACCAUGUCUCACAUGAGGAACGGCAGAUUUAUCAGACAUCAAUUCCAUGGUGUUGAAUAAGCUUCGCCUCGCUGAGAGGCAGAGAACAAAAAUUUAAAAACUUCUUUCAUUUCUUACUAAUGACAACCACCUGUUUUAUAACACUUCAUCAAAGAGCAGAUGGGCCAACAGAGGGACAAGAUGGGGACCUUUCUGAAGGACAAACUAUGUGUACAAAUCCAGAUCACUGACUUUUGAAGCUUUCAGUUUUGCAGGAUUUUGACAGAAGCAGGCGGCAUGUAAGAAAAGAAACAACCCAGAGCACCGUGCACUCAGCCCAGCAGCGGCUUUAUAAAAUGCACAUUUAUCGUGGUGUAUUAUGAUGAUGAUAUGACUGAAUGUACUGAUGAUGACUUACAUUAUCCCAAUACUGUUGAUCUUUUUUUUUUUUUUUUUAAAAAAACCCUAUCGGGAAACAGCAUUAGGAAGCUAAAAAGUCUAUUAUUAUCCUUAUUAUUCUCAUUAUGAUUAUUGAAGUGGUCCUCUUCCCUCCAUAGUUCUGACACUACAUUUGUAUAACUAACCUGUACUUGAGCGUAACCAUGUUGAUUGUAUUGUCUUUAUGUGAGAGUAAACCUUCACAUCGACCUGCCCAGUGCCAUGUAGGACCCUAGUGGUGUAUAUAUUCUGUACAGAUUCAUGGCAGAGCACUAACAUGCUUUAUCAUUCUCUAUGUUGAUCUCCAUCAGCCAUGCAGGGGAGCAGCAGGCAGAGCAGGAACAGAACAGUAUGUACUUUAGCCACAUGUUACAGUGAUUUAAUUUAUGUUGAAAAUGUACUGUUGCACUUGUUCUAUUUGGUAUAUAGGGUAUGUGUGUCAUUUAAUGAAUGUUAGCCCCAGUUCGUGCCUCUCAGGUAAUCAGAGUCUUCAACUAUACAAUUUUCGGAGAAUGUCCUCACUCUUAACAGUCCAAUACUAUCGAACUGGCGACCUCAGUCACAAUCCACCAAUUCUCCAACCUCUAGGCCAGAGUUGACCCUAUCAACAUCUUUGUUUAGGUCAAGGAAUGGUGACUCAUCUUUUGUCAAAUUCAGUGUUAACGAGAAAAACAUUAG